CCCCCCUUCCUUUUGUCCCGCCCCUGUAGUCAUCGCGGGGUUGCUCUCCAUCUAACCGCACAUCUUAUUCCCCUGCUCCACCGCUGCACCAUCACGUACAACCUUCACGUCACUUUCACACUCUUUGAACCGCUAUCUCCACCGCCGCGCCGUUCCCAUGCUCUGCCCUCACCCUGAGAUGCGACAGCCCCGCUCGAGCGCCAGUACAACCCCCUCAGCAGGCGUCGCUCCUCGCGGAUAGAGAGCAUGCCCGACGGGGGUACGCAAGGCGCCGCAGCCUCCGUGGCGGCCGCCGCCGGCGGUGGCGGUGCCACGGCGUCUGGCGACGGAUCCGAGAGCGGCCGCCACCGACAACGAACGCAGCAGGCAGAUGUGGAGAGGCCGGAGACGGCCGCUAACCCGCCGCAAAGCUCCGGCUCUGGUGUACUGGAAAAGUUGUUUGGAAAGAGGCUGCUGCAGGCUGGCAGACACGUCAUGUCUCAUAAGUCUUGGAUGAAGACGGUGCCCACGGAGAACUGUGAUGUCCUCAUGACAUUUGCAGAUAGUACAGAUGACCACACGUUGCUAUGGCUACUGAACCACAUCCGGCUGGGAAUUCCAGAGCUCAUCAUCCAAAUCCGUCACCAUAAGCAAACGCGCGUCUACGCAUUCUUUGUCACCGCCACCUAUGAAAACUUAUUGCGAGGUGCUGAAGACAUGGGCCUGAGGAAAGCGGUGAAGCCUGAGUUCGGUGCAGGAACACGGAGCUUCUCUUGCGAAGAGGACUAUAUCUAUGAGAACAUUGAGAGCGAGCUGUGCUUCUUCACGUCACAGGAGAGGCAGAGCAUCAUUAAAUACUGGCUGGAUAAUCUUCGUGCCAAACAUGGGGAGGUGCUUCAUAAUAUCAACUUCCUGGAAGGUCAACCAAUUAUCCCGGAGCUGAAUGCAAGAGGUGUGAUCCAGCAGAUGUUUCCCCUCCACGAACAGCACGUCUUGAGUCACCUAAUGAAGUCUUGGGUCCAGGCCGUUUGCGAGAAACAGCCCUUAGAUGAUAUCUGCGACUACUUUGGUGUGAAGAUUGCCAUGUAUUUUGCCUGGCUGGGUUUUUACACCACUUCUAUGUUGUAUCCUGCUGUGAUCGGAUUUGUACUGUGGAUGCUCACCGAGUCAGAUCAGACAAGCCGUGACAUCUGCUGCGUGGUCUUUGCACUUUUCAACGUGGUGUGGGCCACUUUGUUUCUUGAACGGUGGAAGAGAAGAGGUGCUGAGCUGGCAUAUAAAUGGGGGACCCUAGACACGCCUGCCGAAUCCCUGGAGGAACCGCGUCCUCAGUUCCGGGGAGUCAAGCGCUGUAGUCCUGUCACGGGAUGUGAGGAGUUCUACUAUCCGCCUUGGCGGAGACGUGUGUUCAGGUGGCUGGUUAGCUUGCCCAUCUGUCUUCUCUGUCUCUGUUUUGUCUUCCUGGUUAUGCUCAUCUGCUUUGAGCUACAGGAAUUUGUAAUGGGGAUCAAGGAAAUGCCUCGACUGGCUCGCUUCAUCCCGAAGAUAAUGCUCGCUAUCACUGUGACUGCAUGUGAUGAGGUGUACAGGAAAAUUGCCUGUUGGCUCAAUGACAUGGAAAAUUAUCGACUCCAGAGUGCCUAUGAGAAAAAUCUCAUAAUCAAAAUGGUUCUCUUUCAGUUUGUAAAUUCAUAUCUCAGCCUUUUUUACAUUGGAUUCUACCUCAAAGACAUGGAGCGGCUCAAAGAGAUGCUGGCCACUCUGCUCAUCAUUCGUCAGUUCCUUCAAAAUGUGAAGGAGGUGCUGCAGCCUUAUGUGUAUGAGCGCCACAAACUAGGAGAGCUGACUUUGCGAGCCCUGUGGGACCUGUUGCUCUCCGUGCUGCUAAAAUAUGCCAGGCUGGCUGCUGGAAAAGCACAGGCCUUGCCCACUGAUCCAGCCAUGCCAGGACCUGGUCUGAGGGGCACCAGGCCCGGGGUGGGGCAUACAGACAAAAGGGAAAGGAAGUGUUUGAAUGGAGGGUGCGGGGUGCCCGAUGAGGACGAGAGUGGCGAGAGGGAUGAGGCUGACAGCGGGAGGUUCAGUGAAGGAGAAACCGAGGAGGAACAUCUGAUCGAUUGUGGUUUGAAACUGAGGAAAGUGAGUUUCAUUGAGAAGGACAGGAGGCCGGCAUGUAGCCGCCACCCCAUGGACAAUCGUUUUAUGGAGGAGGGGAGCCCAACUUUGGUGGAUAAAGGAAUGGACUCAACCUCUGUGUUUUCAAUGUGUGAUGAAGACAUUGAUAAUGGCAUCCAUGACGUGAAGGAGGCAGGUGGGGGAGUGGCGUGUGCAGCUGAGGGAAUCAAUUACGCUGCUGCUACUGCUUGUGCCGCUCCGCCAGCCUCCAGUAAUGAGAGCAGCGCAUCACUGCGAAAUCGGAGAAGAGCCCGCAGCAGCGAGCGGCCUGAACCUGCAACAAAGAGGGAAUCAUGGAUUGACCCUCCGGAAGUGAAGGAGAGCACCACGCUCACUCAGGCAGAGAUAGAGAGCUGCAUGCAGACUUACGAGGACACUUUCCAGGACUACCAGGAGAUGUUUGUCCAGUUUGGCUAUGUGGUGUUGUUCUCCUCUGCCUUCCCCCUGGCUGCCAUGUGCGCGCUUAUCAACAACAUCAUUGAGAUCCGCAGCGAUGCCUUCAAGCUCUGUACGGGUCUGCAGAGGCCGUUUGGUCUCCGAGUGGCGAGCAUUGGCCAGUGGCAGUCUGCAAUGGAAGCAAUGGGUCUGAUUGCCAUUAUUGUCAACUGUUACCUGAUCGGUCAGUGCGGUCAGCUGCAGCGCCUCUUCCCCUGGCUCAGCCCCGAGAUGGCCAUCAUCUCCAUUGUCAUCCUUGAGCACUUUGCUGUCCUCUUGAAGUAUGUCAUCCAUGUGGCCAUUCCCGACAUUCCGACAUGGGUGAGAGAGGAGAUGGCUAAACUGGAUUAUCAGCGCAGGGAGGCCUUUAAGAAGCACGAACGUCAGGCUCAGCAGCACUACCAGCAGCUGCAGAGGAAGAAAAGGGAGGAGGAGGAGAGGCAGAGGCAAGUGGAGCAUAUGGCCCGCAGAGAAAGGGACCGGGACGACGGCAAAGGCGACUCCUCCGGAGAUCACCACCACGACAAAAGCCACAGCGGCAAAUCGCGCCCUGGCGGGAGCGGUGGCGGUAGUGCCGGCGGAGGCGGGUCGGACAAGCCCAAGAGGCCCAGCUCCCUGCUGGCGAACAACAACGUGAUGAAGCUCAAACAGAUCAUACCGCUGCAGAGCAAGUUCUCCUCAGGUGGUGCCCGCUCCCCUCAGUCGCCCACUGAAGCAAAGCUGCCAGGGUUCCUCAGCUUCAAAUUCCUCAAAUCACCCGAGAAUAAGAAGGAGUCCGCGACGGCUUCCUCGACGGCGGCCGCCACUGCCGCCAAUGGUACGUCGACAUCAUCUUCAUCAUCAGGUAGCAGCUCACACGAGCGUUCUCAGUCACCCAGCAAAGCCUUCAACCCUGGAAAAUUGUUUAAUUUUGGAAAAUCUGAAGCGGGGACGUGCAUCAACGGGGUGCCCCUACCCAGAUCCGGGGAGGGAUCCUCAUCAUCACAGAUGUCAGAGAGACCGGCUUCCAGGUCCGACUUGAACGGCAUUCCGGAUGAAAUCCCCUCACCUGGAGGGGAGGGGUCAGAGGACGGACAUUCGAGUGAGUUGGACCCUCCUGGCCCCAAAGUCUAGUAGCCCCUUUGGUUUCACCUCAACGGAAGAACUAACGUGAGGAGACACAAGGCAACGGCAGGCACCGCUCUGUUGUAGCACUUGAACUUGAAAUGGAUUCCUGUCAUUUCUGGUUCACCUGAGCGUGAAAAAAAAAGGUUUCACCAGAACAAUAUGACCCUGUGACACCACAGCAUACUUACAUGACACACACAAUCAUGUCUGCAAUACAUAAAGAAAUGCAUGAGCUGCAUUUCUUUUCUUUUUAAGCCUUCAAAGCAAAAAGCUGUGUUUCUUAAUUUCCUCUGUGGCCAAUUGUGAGCAUCUUCCAGAAGCCCAGACAGAGGAAAAAAAAAGACUUCAUAGAAAAGUCAUCUCCAAGUGUACUAAAUAAGAGUGUCAUCAUAAAUCAGUAUUAGACAACUGCCUUGUUUUUAACUGUGAAAUAUUUGGCCCCUCUUUUUAUGUGGAAAAAAAUGAAAAGCAAUAUUAAUUAGUCUUUUAAUUUGGAGUAAUGCUGCAGUUUCUUAUUGUGACACAACGCCUCCCUUCGCGGGUAUCCUUGAUUUCUAAGCCGAGGUGAGGUCGAAGCUUUGGACACAUUUUCCCCAUCUGUGGCAAUAGGGAUUCAUUUCAAACAACAGUCCUGCUGUCAUCCCCCCAGCCCACAAAGGAGAGUUAAAGAAGUAAAAGAAAGACGGGAAACUGAGCAAAUGGUACACGCACGCAGUCCUCCUGGAAACACACUUGGCUAUUGAGCGGCAAAUUAAAGUUACUUUUGCACUAACUGCUACUUUUCUCUGCAGGAGAUGACAGCCUGCCUGACACAUUAUGCAAACAGGACUGGAUAGAUUUCCUCCUUUCGCACAGUACACGGGCAGAAAUAGUGAACAUUUAUUUUUGCAAGGUGCUUUCAUGACGCAAUUGCUUUGUUAGUGCUAAUAAUUUUACUUUUGACCAAAGUUCGGUUUUUUUUUCAUAUGAAACUGUUCAUAUAAAUGAUGCUUUGUUAUCAUUUUCCAUUUGGCACUUUUGUCAGCAGAUGGCGCUAGAAUUUUUGUUACAACCUGUCCAGAAGUGUGCAGACUGACCAAGUGUCGAGCAGGCGUCGCCAUCUGGGUUGAGAGACAUUUACCUAUGCAUUCCCACAUCACUGGCACUGAUAAAGGGUUUUGGCAAUAAGGGAGGACACUAACAUGUAAGAAUCAGUACAUACACUUGUCUCGGGCCGCCCUUAUUUGUUGUGUAUCUCGUCCACUUGUUUAUCUCUGCAUCAUUCGAGGUGAAGCAGCUUUCCUCGUGCACAGAUAAACAGAUAACCAACUUUGUUUUAGUGUCACAAUGGGUCCAUGAAGAAAAAAAAAUCGCCCAUGCAUAAAGAAAAUACAUGUUUGUAUUGAUGCGGAGGGAGUAAAAAUACAAUAAGUACAUGCAAUAAGGGACUAUGCAGUUGUCAAACUAAAAUUGUUUUAAAAUUUGGGGCAGGUGAUUGUUUUAAUUUUUUUGUAUUGUAAUUGUUGAUUGUAAUUACCAGGCUAGGAGAAAUACAUACAGUGCCAGUAUAUCAUUUUCAGAGGGGUAGGUUUAAAAAAUAUAAUAAAAUAUUGAUGUGUAGUUAGGGUAAGCUCAAAAAACUUUGAUUGCAUCAAUGAAGACUCCAUGACCCAAAUUGCCAAUUUGGAAGUUUGAAGGCAGGGCUAGAAAAUGUGAGGACAUGGCACAGUUAUUCAACACAAGUUUUAGGGUCACUAUAUUUUCAGGGAAACCACAAGUUGAUAAUGUACAGUAGAUAAUGAUCACGAGGAUUUAAUGUAUUCAUCGAACAUUGCUGCAGAAACAUGAACACAUUAUAGGCGUUGACGUGUUGCCUUUGCUUUGAAUUAAACAUUGGGCAACUAUGGCACAUUUUCUGGUUCACAAUCGUAUUGAUGUGGCAGAUCAGAUCAGACUAAAUGAAACAUUGAAAUGUUAUCACACAAAAUAAGCAGGUGAAGACGUGAACGUCUGGCUGUCAACAUUGUUUCGACGACCUAACGCUGUCAUCGACAUCAUCCAUUGAUGCCUCACAGAACAUCAUGAAGCUCUUCCAAUGUACAAAAAAAACUAUUUUAAGGACAAUAACUCAGAAAUUGGGACUGUCGAUUUGUUUUAAUUUAUUUUGUCAUAUUUUUGUAAGAUCGGAAAAAGUUGGUAGUUAAUAAAACUAUUUCAAAAGCG